AUGCAGCGCUCAGCUUUCCUCAUACUUUCGUUUUUGAGCGUUUUUGCCUUUUGCUGGCCCUACGAUGAACCACUCGCUAAAUACAACUUGAAUGAGAACAAGUCCGCUGAAUCCCCAAUCGAUUAUUGGGGAGCAUGGCCCAACCAUGAGUACCAUCCGUCCCCAGAUAACUGGCGACUACCGACAUAUACGAUCUUUUUGGACCGGAUAGCCAACGGUGACCCCACAAAUGACGAUAUUAACGGCACCGCAUUUGAGCAUGUAAUCAACUCCAAUCAGAUGCGCCAUGGAGGUGAUCUAGACGGCUUGAUAGAUACGCUGGACUAUAUCGAGGGAAUGGGAUUCAAGGUUAUCUACUUCGCCGGAACGUAUUUGAUGAACUUGCCCUGGGCCUAUGAUGGGUACUCGCCGGUCGACACCACUCUCCUCGAUAUGCAUUUCGGAACACUGGAGGAUUGGAGGCGGACUAUCGACGAGAUCCACAGACGAAACAUGUAUGUGUUGGUGGAUAACACAGUGGCAACACUGAGCAACCUGAUCGGAUUCAAAGGCCAUUUGAACGACUCAGCCGAUUUCACACCAAAAGAAUAUGAAGUCCAAUGGGUUACUGACAGACAAUACGUCGAUUUCAAAUUUGGCAACGAUUAUAACGAAACUUGCAACUAUCCUAAGUUCUGGGACGAGACUGGAAUGCCAUUAACAACUGGGGGAGUUGAAGAUCUGAAGGGUUGCUAUAACAGUGAUUUUGAUCAAUACGGAGAACUAGAGGCAUUCGGAAACUUCCCCGACUGGCAGCGCCAGCUGACAAAGUUUGCCUCCGUGCAGGAUCGUCUGCGUGAAUGGCAUAAGCCGGUCCGUGAUGUGCUCACUCAACAUUCCUGCCUCCAAAUCGCUAGUUUGGAUAUCGAUGGUUUCCGCUUUGAUAAGUCUGUGCAAGCAACCCUCGAGCCGCUGAGUGAGAUGCUCGCUGUCUAUCGUGAAUGCGCGAAGAAACUUGGCAAGAAGAACUUCUUCCUUCCCGGAGAGAUCACAUCCGGCGACAGCAUGGGCAGUCUCUACCUAGGUCGCGGCCGCCAGCCGAACCAGCGUUCCAAGAAUGCAGGCCAGGCUGUCAAGCUUACAAACAACUCCGAAUCGGCUUUCCUGAGAGAAGAUGGGCUACAAGCUUUAGAUUCCUCCGCGUUUCACUACACCAUCUACCGUUCGAUGACCCGUUUCCUAGGUCUGGACGGUAACCUGGUUGCUGGCUUUGAUUUGCCUACCGACUUUAUCGACGCCUGGAAUGAAAUGCUAGUAACCAACGAUUUCCUCAAUGCGUUCACGGGAGAACUGGAUCCUAGACAUAUGUAUGGUGUGUCGAACCAGGAUAAUUUCCGCUGGCCAGCUCUCGAGAACGGCACAGAUAAAUACCUCCUGGGUCUGUACAUCAUCUCGCUGGAGCUUCCUGGAAUACCUCUUAUCUUGUGGGGAGAAGAGCAGGACAUGUACGUGUUUGACGCUACUGCAGCGAACUAUAUGUUCGGACGGCAGCCCAUGACGUACCAGACUGCAUGGUGGACACAAGGCUGCUUUAACUUGGAAACAGAAAAGUUCUACGAUUUCCCAAUCGGAAAGGGACGCAACGGAUGCAACGAUAUCACUGUCACGUAUGACCAGCGGAAUCCCGCCCAUCCACUCCGCAACAUCAUGAAGCGUAUGUUCGAGAUUCGAGCCCACUACCCAGUCGCACAGGAUGGCUUAUUCCUCGAAACGCUCUCUCAACUCACUGAAGACAUCUACCUUCCUGGUUCCUCGACCACUCCCACGGUCACUGGCCUUUGGUCUGUCUUGCGAAGCUAUUUCCCUGGGGUGCAAACAGAUAAAAUCCUGGCCAACGAAACUCUAUGGCUUGUGUAUCAAAAUGGCAACUCAUCCAGAACAUACGGAGGCAACUGCAAAGUCAUGAAUGGAUCCUUAUUGGCUCCAUUUGAGUCGGGGACAAAACUGAAGAACCUCUUCUAUCCUUACGAUGAGCUCACUUUGGAAGAUGGCCCUGAUAAGUCCGAGAAUGUGAACUCCUACGGAUGUGUUAGUAAAAUGACCCUGCUUCCGUGGGAAUACCGAGCCUAUGUCAAGACCGCCAACUUCGUUAAGCCCGGCCCUACUGUCACUGAGUUCUUCCCCGGACAUGAUGCUCGGUUGCUAUCUUCAGAAGACACCGGUGAAACCAUGCCCGUGCGACUUGGAUAUUCCACAGAGAUGGACUGUGACAGCAUCACCAAAUCGGUUUCUCUAAAUUCUACAACAGAGAAAAACAUCGCCGCCGAGCUUGACACAUCUAGUGUCAACUGCACCAAAAUCCCUGCUAGGACCACUGGCAAUAACUACAGCGGAGAAAUCCCGACUGUUUGGACAUGGUCUGCGAACCUGAAGAAUGUCCACCAUGGAAUCCACCAACUGACCGUCAAAAAUGUUUCCUCUGAUGGAGUUUACACCAAUUCGACCGACAAGUUCUUGCUCCGUCUCGGUUCUCAUGACAACCCCCUGAUUUCCCCGCUUGCCAAUUACUCUACCACCCUAGUCCAGAAGUCUGGCGACAACCUUUACCUCCAGCACAGAGCUGCUGGUGCGGAUAUGUUCCGAUACUCAUCCGAUUUUGGUCGGAGCUGGAAUGAGUGGGCAACAUAUUCAGGUGGUAACACGACUAUUACUAUCCCGCCCUGGACUGGCACGGACGCCCAGAAGUGGGAGGGAACUCAUAUCCGAGUGCAGUACUUCUCAAAGCUUACUGGAAGCAGCGAUUAUCUCCAAGAAGGUGAUUAUGGAAACGACAAAGUCCGCAGAUUCCCACACAUGUGGUUCAACGGUCCGUACAACCAAUACGGCUAUGAUGCAGGAAUGGACAGCAAGAUGAAGUACGACCCCGAAACGUCUCGCUGGAACUACGACUUUGUCUACGAAUGGCCAGCCAUUGGCCAGCUGAAUGUUUGGGGCACGGACAGUGAGGGCAACCCUGAUACUACCGAGGUCUACGGUGAUGUCGGAAACUCCUCCUCGGUUCAAAAGCUUCCUCCAUCCUAUCUCGCAUCAAACGUUAUCAACAUCACCACUCUGCCGCCAUUCCCGCAUCUUGGCUGGAAGAUCUCCCUAAACGAUGCCAACCUAAGAUAUGAAAUGAUCCCCGUCGGAUCUGGAUGGGCUCAAUUGAUCCUCUUUAUCCUUCUGUGGGUUGUUCCGAUUCUUAUGGGUUGUAUUGGUGUCUUCAUUUUCAUUCAAAAUUUCUACCGUGUCAAGCUCAACAAGAAUGGAAAUGUCGUCAAGGCAAAGAAGUUCCCUGUACUACUUUGGGGCCGCGUCAAAGGAAUGUUUGCCAAAGAUGAUGUCGAGGAGAUCCAGAUGGCACAAAACGCUAUCCCUACUGGCAUGGCUCUGGCAGGAGGGAGUGACCUGCGACGCACUGUAUUGAUUGCCACUAUGGAGUACGAUAUCCAAGACUGGGGUGUCAAAGUCAAAAUUGGUGGUCUCGGAGUAAUGGCUCAACUCAUGUCCCAGAAUUUGAAACAUCAAAAUCUGAUUUGGGUGGUUCCAUGUGUUGGUGAUAUUGACUAUCCCGAGGAUACGCCCGUUGAACCUUUCGUGGUCACAAUCCUCGAUAACCCUUAUUUGGUCAAGGUCCAGUACCACGUCCUAGACAACAUCACAUAUGUCCUCCUUGAUGCUCCCGUUUUCCGGCACCAGACUAAGGCAGAGCCAUACCCUCCACGUAUGGAUGACCUGGACAGUGCAAUUUACUAUUCGGCCUGGAAUCAGUGUAUCGCUGAGGUGAUGAAGCGGACACCCUCCAUUGAUCUCUACCAUAUUAACGACUUCCAUGGCUGCGUGGCACCUCUAUACCUGCUCCCGUCGCGAACUAUCCCUGUUUGUCUGUCGUUGCACAAUGCUGAGUUCCAAGGACUUUGGCCUCUGAGAACGGCACAGGAAAAGAAAGAAGUCUGCGCUGUUUUCAAUCUCCCAAUUGAAGUAGCAACCAAGUACUGUCAGUUUGGUAGUGUUCUCAACCUACUUCACACCGGCGCUAGCUAUCUCCGAUUCCACCAACGUGGGUUCGGUGCAGUUGGUGUCUCCGAGAAGUAUGGAAAGCGCUCAUUUGCACGUUAUCCAAUCUUCUGGAGUCUUGGCAAGAUUGGUAGUCUUCCUAAUCCAGAUCCCUCUGACACAGGUGCCUUGAAGAAAGACCCCGACGUGCAAGUUACUGUUCAGUCUACCAGCGAGCUGGCCAAUGACAAAAUUCAGGCACAGAAAUGGGCUGGUUUGAAUGAGGACCCCAACGCCGACUUACUGGUAUUCGUGGGAAGAUGGUCGAAGCAGAAGGGAGUCGACUUGAUUGCGGAUGUUAUUCCGGCUGUCUUGUCUGAUAGGCCUAAUGUUCAGCUGAUCUGUAUUGGACCUAUCAUCGAUCUCUACGGCAGACUGGCUGCUAUCAAGCUGCAGCGCAUUAUGGAAAUGUUCCCAGGCCGUGUGUUCUCAAAGCCAGAGUUUACAGUCCUUCCCCCCUUCGUGUUCUCUGGUGCCGACUUUGCCCUGAUCCCGUCUCGUGAUGAGCCCUUCGGAUUGAUUGCCGUUGAGUUUGGUCGCAAGGGUGCACUUGGAAUUGGUUCUCGCAUCGGAGGUCUAGGCCAGAUGCCUGGUUGGUGGUACACUGUGGAAUCCGACUCAGCCCGCCAUCUCUUGCACCAGUUGAGAACUGCCAUCAAAUCUGCAUUGGAUUCAUCACAAGAGACCCGUGAGGAGAUGCGUGCAAACUCUGCCAAGCAGCGAUUCCCCGUUCUUGAGUGGGUUCAGAAGCUUGAAGUCUUACAGCGGACAUCAAUCCACCUCCAUCACCAAAAGAAUCCGCUCACUGUUGCAGGCUCGGCGCGAGAGUCUCAGAUCUACUGGGAGAUGGAGACCCCAGGCUUGCGAGACUCUGCGAUGAUGACCCGUCCCUCAUCAAUCCACUCAUCAACGGGGGGUGCGGAUACGCCACCAAACAGAACAUCGCAGCUCCCUCAGCCUUCCCUUCUACAGUUGCAAGCAGUCGAAGCUCAAGAAAUGCAACUAGCAGAAAACAACAGAGCUAGCAUGUUAGGUCGCAAGCUGUCGCUUGGUCGACGAUCUGGACCAGGGCAGGGCAGAAAUCGUCUCGUCAAGAAGUCUCAGCGCGCGAGUCAGAUACUCGAGGCGCCCACCGACGGCGACACCACGGACGCCGACGAUGAUGGUACACAGGAGAAAUACAUUUCCCGGGAAGAGGCUAUGGCGGCGCUUAAUUCACCUCUCCAAGAUCUCGCCACGCAUCCUAGGAACAACCAUCACGCUCGAGGUGUAUCUAGCUCAUCGGCUUCAGAGGCAUCUCAUUUCCUCUCCAGGGACUCCUCUCCAGUCAGAGCAUCUCGUGAUCCUUCCGAGGCGCCUGCACCAUUCACUCACACUCAGAAUAUUUCCGUCCUCUCUUUGCCUUCUGUUGUCAAUGACCAUGAUCAACCCGAUUUCCAUCUGCAAAAGGUCGACCCGACCUUUACCGACAGCAUGGGCAACUUCACAAGACACUUUGAAAAGCUCCUCACCAACCUCAACAAGAAAAACUCGAUCUCAGAUUAUUGUAUUGAGCUUUAUCUGAUGAAGAGCGAGCGGAAGUUCUUCUACAUGUACAACGAUGCGCAAUUGAAGAAACAGCCUAAAGAACGUCCUAUGACAGGAAAUAGCUUGGACCAGGUCGAGGCUCAACAGUAUAACCUUGUCACAGAAGGUCCCGAAGAGUCCGAUCAAAACAAUACAGACGAGAUUGAUUUGUGGCUUGCUCGUCUGGGAUACAAGAGACCCAUCGCCAUCCAGCGCUUUAUGAGAUGGCGCGUCGGAAAUUGGCCUGUUUAUGCUCUAUUUUUGGGUCUUGGACAGAUCAUCGCAACGAACUCUGCGCAGAUCACCCUGUUAGCGGGCCAGAUUGGCGAGACAGCAACCAAGCUCUACGUUAUCGCGGCAAUCUACUGCGUCUCUUCCAUUGUCUGGUGGUUCCUCUACUACCGCUUCCCAUCUGUGAUCGUCCUCACUCUCCCCUGGUUCAUCUAUUCCUUUGCAUUCAUCACCAUUGGUGUUUCUCCGUUCGCACUCUCGGACCUCGGCCAAGCAUGGGCUCAAAAUGUCGCUGCCGGUAUUUAUGCCGCAGCAUCUUCCAGUGGAUCCUUGUUCUUUGCUCUCAACUUUGGUGACCAAGGUGCUGUCCCUGUGAAGGACUGGAUGUUCCGCGCAAGUCUUAUUCAGGGUAUCUCACAGCUCUACACUGUUGCCCUAUGGUACUGGAAUGCCAGGGUUACCGCAGUGGAAGUUGGAGGUGUUUCCACAGCCGCCUUGAAUUCCUGGAAGCUCGCGGCUGUGGUGAUGCCCAUUGCCGCAGUCUGUUUCAUUAUUGGUGUGCUUCUUGCCCUUGGCUUGCCCAAGUACUAUCGUCAAGCGCCUGGAAAGAUCCUCUUCUUCUACUCAUCUCUCUUCCGCCGACGAAUCGUCCUCUGGUUCUUCUUCAUGGUCAUCAUCCAGAACUGGUUCCUUUCCGCGGCAUUCGGUCGAAACUGGUCAUUCCUCUGGUCCUCCCGACACGCCAAGGCAUGGGAAAUUGCCCUCCUGAUCAUCUUCUUCUUUGUUAUCCUCUGGGUCGGUGUGAUGCUCCUCUUCCGCUUGUUGUCCAAGGAGCACAGUUGGAUCUUACCUGUCUUCGGUCUGAGUAUCGGUGCACCUCGAUGGGCGCAAACAUGGUGGGGAACAUCCAAUAUCGGCCACUACCUUCCAUGGGCUGGAGGUUUGACUUCUGGCGCUAUUGCAUCCCGGUGUCUCUGGCUCUGGCUUGGUGUUCUCGAUGAGAUCCAGCAAGUCGGUUUGGGAAUGAUUCUCCUACAGACCUUGACAAGAGUCCACGUCUGUUUCGUCCUGCUGGCUGCCCAGGCUCUUGGAUCUAUCGCCACAAUCUGUGCUCGUGGAUUCGCGCCAAACAAGCUCGGCCCAGCAGGCAUCUCCCCAAAUGUUGGAUCGUCACUGGACGCAGUUGCCAAUGCUUGGUUCUGGAUUGCCCUUUUCUUCCAGCUCUUAGCCAGCUUCGGUUUUCUUCUCUUUUAUCGCCGCGAACAGCUCAAUCGCCCCUAG